CAGUAAACGAAAAGAAUGGACCACCCCUUCCCUCGAUCCAAGUCGGUCGUUGCACUUUAUCUUAACCGAGCAAUCGCUGUCACACCGAUCGUAAACAAGAAAAAUCCCCCCUUAAACGUCAUUGGAGGUGGUAUGAUUUUGGACCCCACAUUUAUCGUGUUGUGUAUGUGUGUGCAUGAUUAAUGUUUGCAUCCUUCGCACUUGCGUUGCACUAAUUGUGCGUUGAGUCUGUCGAGGGCAGCAGCAUACGAUUAUCGAACAGCUCACCCCAAAAACCAAGGGGUUAAAACCCUUUUUCGUACCGUGCCACAUUUUCCCGGAAACUUCUGGGCCGCUUCCUUGUCUCUGAGAGAUGUGCGGAGAAGGAAGAGGAGGGUGGAUGGCAAGGAAAACCCGUCGUUUUUUUUCAUCGUCGUCGUCGUCGUCGCUGCGCUGCAUUAUGGAUGCUGGUGGCGCUCUCUGGCCGAUCGAGUCUCGAGGUGCGCGGGUUGCCGUUGCGUCCGAGGCGGAAUGAACACGUGUUUGGAGUGUAAACGGCGCUAUGUUGAAAACUGCUCUACGGUUGUGCAUACGCCACGAUUGGAUGGGAGUUCGGUGACACGACACGUGAAAUUGCACGCAAAUUGCAUCGAUUAACGACGGGGAAUGGAUACGUAGAAGAUAUCGUAGUCAUCGUUCAACAAGUGUUCAGGAAGAAAUAAGAUUCGCCCAACAUGAGACAAUCAGCAGAAGCAGAGUGAUGUGUACGGUUCUUAGUAGCUUUCAAGCAAUAAUCACGUGCCUAGAAAAGUGUGUACUUUCGACCCGCCAGGAACAACCACCGUUGUAGUGUAUCACCAGCUCGGAUGUGAUUUGUUAUCAUUGCCCCGUGGCCCGUGGGUAAUUUAUGGUAAAAGUUUGUUGUUAAUGAAACGUCGUUUAAUCCGUAUAUGUCUCAGGAAUAUGUGUGAAGUGAAGUGAGCGUAGGUUUCAUAGUGGCCAGCAAGUGAUCCAAACCACUCUCUAGCAUCCACCCAUCUAAAUGAUAAACGGUGACAACACGACGUUCGAUGUGCGAGAUUCAUGCACGACAGUGAACAACGAUCGCGUUGUUAAAAAGAAGAGGAAAACGUAACCGUCGAUACAGCUACCAAGUUUGCUCAAGCUGAAGGUGAAAAUUCAACUAUACAAGCUCUGCCACACACCACCAAGACUGCCACGCGGAUUAUCAUCGAUAUUGCCAACCGAUUGUUUGCCCGAAAAAAUACAGAGAGAGUGGGAGAGAGAGAGGGCGAACGACGACUGCUGCCUUUUCAUAUACGACUGAUAACUGAGACUGGAACUUACGUGCCGAUUGUAUCGUGCGGCCAUCGGAUAGAGUACUGUACUGCAGUUCUUAUCGACUUUUUUUUGUUUUGGCACAAGAAAUCGCCCAAGAAAAAACAACACAAAUCAUUAAAACAUUACCGAGCUUGUCGGCAGGCCAUCAGCGCGCAUCGCACAUUGAUUGAGCCAAAGUGGCAAAGACCGCCCUCCCCACUCACCCCCACUCUCCUUCCCAUCCAUCAAACCGGGAUCGAUCGUUGUGGUAGGAUCGAGUUUCGCCGGGGCUAAUCUUCCCAGUGCAGCGCAUUACCGAUGAAUCAGCAGCAGCAGCAGUAUUUCCACCAGAAGUUUGAUGACUUUCACAGCAGUGGACCGAGACCGCCCGUGCCCGGAGAGGAAAGCCGCCGGAAGAUGACGGAAACGUCACAUUCGGAUCGAACCCGGGACGGUUCGCCCCCGGCGUACGUGCGCUGGGCGCAGAAGCUCGCCUACCUGCUGGAGGAUGGCGACGGGGCCGAACUGUUCAAGCGCUACGUGGAGCUGGAGGGCGAGGAACCGUCGAACCGGCUCAAGUUUUACUUCGCCUGCGAGGGCCUCAAGCAGCAAACCGACGCGGACAAGGUGACGCAGCUGAUCGGGGCCAUCUACCGGCGGUUCCUCAAGAAGGCCCAGCCCGGCUCGGAGCUGUACGUGAACGAGUCGCUGCGGAACUUUAUCAAGGCGGGGCUGAAGAAUGAGCUCGAGCUGACGCCGGACAUCUUCGACCAGAUGCAGGCGGACGUGGCGAACAUCAUCGCCGAAACGACCUACCCGCACUUCCUGCAGUCCGACCUGUACCUGCAGUACGUGCAGAACAUGCAGAGCUCGAGCAGCAGCAGCAGCGUGAUCGGCAGCGGCAGCAACUGCAGCCUGGUCGCGGCGGCCUCGGGAGCGCCAUCGGCGGGCGGUGGUGGCGGCGCUGCGCCGGGCUCCUCGACCGCUGGUGGUGCAUCGCAGCAAGGAGGCGGUGGUGGCGCUGCUGCCGGUGGUAGUGGUGGUAGUGCCGGUGCGGGUGCCUCCUGUUCGCUCACCAGCAGUAGCUCGACGUCCGAGCUGUUCCUGCACAGUACGUCCGCGCUGCCAACGGUGCACGAGGAUGCCGAGCUGGCGAAUGCGGACUCGAUCGAGCAGCUGUACGGCGCCACGGGACCGGGCUUGGACAGUCAUAUGGCGCUGGUGGGUCCACCGCUGGUGCCGGCGGCCACCGCCUCCCCGUCCAAGGUUCCGAUGACGCUCACGAAGGACGCACUGAUGGCGACGCAGAAACGCCGGCUGGAAAUGAGACCACCUGGACCACGCGGCUACUCCGUGUACACCGCCUAUGCAUCCUAUAAUCCGGUGUCGCGGCGUGACUCAGAACUGGCCAGUCUGAGCUCCGGCCGUACCGAUUCCGAUACGAUGUCGCUUUCGAGCAUCUCCACCGAUGGUCGGCCACAUUCGCAGCGAAAACAUCACCAUCAUCAUCAUUCGUCGAUAGAGCGAAGAAUGAUGCGUGAAAAUGCCUUAACCAACGAAGAGGUCGAUACGUUUGCGAUAAUUCCACGCACCCACCGGCACACGCAAAAGCAACCGCCGCCAAUGGAGUUUGCCAAGAUUCUGAUCAACAAGCUGGAGUGUGUGGCCCGCGAACAGGAGAAGGAUGAAGUGUUGUGCAAAAAGAUGCAGGAGGCCGAACUGUCCGAUCGAUCGCAGAACAAGGUGCUAGCGGACGCGAUCCGGCAGAAGCUGCAGGUGGACGACGACAACGAUCAGGACAUUCUGGACCAGCACGUGUCGCGGGUGUGGUCCGACCUGACGCCCAGCCGGUCGCCCGGCACGAUGUCACCCUGCCCGCCGAACAUGAUCGGUUCCCGCUCGCGUCGCCAUGAGUUGGCCAGCUUUGGAGGAGCACAAUCAUCGAUGCGGCAUUCGAAAUCAAUGCCGGAAGGACAUCCGCUGAUGGGGCCGCCGAUGCAACCGAUGACCAUGCAAAUGUCGUCCGGUUCGCGCAAGCUGGCCAACAAAUGGCCCUCGGUCAAUACGGACAGCGGUAUCAGCCUGUUCUCGACCGACACGCUCACGAAGCACAGCAGCAGCGGCGGUGGCAGUCGGGGCGAGCUAAGCCUCGGCAGCAGCUCGCGCCCACUGUCGCGCACCAUGCUCUCGGACAUGCACACAGCAACGCUGCUGCAAGAAUCUAGCCGCCGAUUGGAGGACGAAACGCGACGAUCGAAACGCUACCAGUACCCGCAGCAGCCCAGUGCAAUACAGAGCAUGCCCUUACCGCCGGUACCGUCGAUGACGUCGUCGGGCAGUUUCGGUAGCAGCCUUCCGCCGGCCAUGCCGCCACCGCCAAUCCCUGCCAAACCGAGCCAGGCCCCGAACGAGUUUACCAUCGUGGUGUACUCGUUCUGCGACGAGGAGGUCCCAUACCGGAUAAAGAUCCCCGGUACGCAACCGCCAACACUGAAGCAAUUCAAGGACUACCUGCCUAAGAAGGGAAACUAUCGAUUCUUCUUCAAAACGCGCUGCGAGGACCUGGACAAUCCUGUCAUACAGGAGGAGGUGAACAGCGACAGCGAACCCUUGCCACUGUUCGAGGGCAAGGUGAUGGGUACCGUGAAACCAUCGGAAUAAACAACGCCCGUCCGACUACUACUCCCCUUCUGCUCCACGUGCACUGCAAAAGUGUGUCCAGUGUAUUGCGGGUAGUGGCGGUGUUUUGGGGCCAGUUGUGGGUGGUAAGUUAGUCGGCCCAGCGCCCAGACAAUGCUACAGUACGCAGAAGAUAAAAGUGUAAGGCUUCCAUUAGCAUUUAUUUUAGGGUCGUAGCAAAAUGUGUCGACGGGUUCGAACAAAUGGCAAUUCUCAUUUGGGGCACCCGUACAGGCUUCCACAAAAAAAAAAAAAAACAAAUACAAAACAAAAUUGAAACAUAUUAACCACAGGGUCACGGAAGAAAGGCACUGCUAAAGGUAGUAGAGACACGUAUAAAUAAUGCCAAUCGUGCCUUUUUUUAUAAUACAUACACCCACAUUCUUACCAGAUGGCGAAACCACGAAAAAAGAGCAGUCAUAAUUUAGCAGCCAACGUUUGAAUGUUAAAAGCCUUGCUCUUUUCCCUUUUUUCAACUAAUAAUUUUUCGCAAACAAUUGGCAUAUUAAAUUGAUUUUUAGAGUAUCAAAAUAAAAUCUAAAUUGUAUGACUAAUAGAGUGACGCAAAGUGAGUGAUUAAAACGCGCGCGCAAAGCAAAAAACAUCAAACGGCACACGACUGAUUUGACACGAGCAAACGAAAUCAAAUUUGAAUGUAUAUCAGUAUUUUAAAGCGCGUCUAAUACUAUGGUGUUCGGCAAAACGAGGGAGCAAACAACAGGGAAGAAAGUGUAAGGAAAGAAAGGAGAUAGAUAUUUAGACACAUUUUCAACUACAUCACAAAUUGUUCGUCAAAAAAUUAUAGUUUUUCUAAUGAAAAUUAAAACCAUUUAAGUUUGUCGAAUAGAAGAGGCAAUGCUGGUGAUGGCGAGGUGCGGUUGUGGUGGAUAUAAUUUUGGGUUUAUUUAGCAAAAACGGUUAUGCAGCAAACCGGGAAGAGUAGAGACCACCGCUCCUCCAGCAACACUUAAAAUUGUCACACUGUCACACUAUUACAAUCGUUUUUAGUGGUAAACAGGCGAAUAGUAUGACCCCCGGACCCGUUGAAGGUCGUGCAUAGUAGGGUAUAGCCGGAAUAGAGGUAGUUAGUUGUAUUAUGUACAUUGGUUAUUAGGCUCCUCUGUUCGAUUCGUUAUCUUACCCACUAACGUACACAGAUGUACAUAAUUUCGCGCGUUGAAAUGCGUUAGUCACAUACAGUAGUUUCAAUGCGAUGCUGUCGCCAUCACUUCAGGAACCAUUGCAUUCCGCAAUGGAUCUACAUCGAGAUGUGUCUACAAGCGCGUGUCAAACGCCGCCACCACCACCACGACCACCACUUCACCUCUUUAGGUCAGACCGUAGGCCUUACCUUAGUAGCGAGUUAACUGGGAGAGAGUAGUAAAACACAGUGUCCACGAGAGGGCUGAACGAUCGAUUGAACGGAUAAUAAACGGCAUCGAAAACGAUCGAUACGAUAGGGUAAAACAAUUGAACGCGUUAAGUACACAGAGAGAGGAAGAGAGAGAGAAAUGGAAGGAGAUAGAGAGAGAGCUAUAUAUGUAUACAUGCACGUAUGUAUAUUUAUAAGUCUAGUAUGUAUACAUUAAUGCAAUAGAGAAACGAGGAUUAGAUGGUAAAACAAAAUAUAAUUGCUUAUUUAAAAUGAA